AAAAAUAUAUACUGUACUUUGUAAAAUUCAACGAGUUUAACUAACGAGAGGCCAACAAAAAUUCCGGUGGCAAUGGCGUCCAACAGCAGAGAGGCAAGGAGGCGGAAGAUCUUAGAAAGAGGAUCUGAUCGUUUAGCCUUUAUCACAGGUCAGAUCAACGGUUCUCCUCCUCCACCUUCUUCCCUUCCCCAAUCUCAUCUCCGCACUCACGAAUCCUCACCGGACACGAUUCCUUCUCGUGAUCAGAUACUUACUGAUGGAGAAACCGCUUUCACAAGUCACCAGGAACAGGAAAACAUAUCCGAUGCUCAGAAGCCUGAUAAUGAAGUUCAUACCAUCCAUAGGAGAGCUGAUGCGCUUCAGGCUCGGAGGUAUACUGAAACACUGGCAGAAGCCUCUGCUUCAGAUCCUAGAGAUACAACACCACAACCACCGUCUCUAGCAGCAUCAGGUGCUCAAACCCCAUCAGUGGUGGAUCUGGGUGCUUCUCAAGCAUUUACUCCUCUGGUUAGUUAUGUGAACGCCAUCACUCCAAAUCACAUUGGAGCCGCCAUUGAUGCUUCAGAAUACACACGGAUGUUCUCAGCUCUUGUGAUUGCACUUCUUGUCAUACUAUCUCAUCUCGGGAUCUCUUUCCUAGGCAACAUAGUAAGCUUGAGGCCUGUUUUCUUGCUUCUCUUGACCAAUGCCACAAUUGUGCUUGGAGUGGUUCUGCUGAGCCAUCAUGGAGAUUCUUCCUCAGCCUCAAGACGAGAAAACUCGGGAACAGUAAUGAACGGACAGGGCAUAGCCGACCAAGUGGGCAACGCGUUAGAGACAGUCAUGAUGAUGAAGAAGAUAAUGGACGCUGUUUCUAUGGAUUUUAGUUUAUACGCUGUGAUUCUCAUCUGUGGCCUCUUGUUCACUCAAACCAUCUUUGCCUAGGUCAUAUCUUCUCUGUUGUCCCCAAGUAGAUUUGUAUGAUCGCUUCUGGUUUGAGUUCGUAAAAUUAUACGCAUUUCCAAAAAUAGUUAUAUGUUUCAGAUAUUUCUCCUUUU